AUGAACGUAAAUCAAUUGCGCCGAGUGCCAUUAAUUGCAAAGUGGCCCGUCACACCCCGCCGCAGCGCAUCAAGCAAAGCACCUCGACCCAAGCCGAGUCCCCAAAAAUCCAAACCAGUGGCGAUAAAACGGCGUCAACCAACCCCGCCUCGCCAACAUCACCCCGAGCGCCCAUCCUCACAGCCCGAAACCCCCGAUGCCGCAACAGCAAAACCAAGCCAUGGCAUCCCACCCAGAGCCCUAACCUUCCUGGGCAUCUCCGCACUCACCAUCAGCACAUACUGCGGCUACCUGUACGCGUCGUACACGCGUGAAGUAAGCAAAGCGCAAACUCUCGACGUACCGCGCGAUGUCUCAGACCGCUACAACACAACAGCGGCGACCUUCGACGCAGACGUCGAGCUCUCCGAAAAGGCAAUGGGACUCGGCAAGAAGCGGCGAGAUCUAGUGCGCCAGGCGCGCGGGAACGUGCUCGAGGUCAGCUGCGGCACGGGGCGCAAUCUGCCGUAUUAUGAGCUCGGCGAGCGGCGCGGGUUGGAUGCCGAUGGGCACGCGGCCGUGCUGGGUUGUCGCUCGGUUACGUUUGUUGAUCUUAGUCCGCAGAUGGUGGCUAUUACGAAGGAGAAGUUUGAGAAAUUGCAUCCUGCGUUCCCGGCGGUGUUUCGCGCUUGUGAUGCGGGGAAGGUUGAGCCGGCUGAUAUCGGGCGUGCUGGGAAGAUGCAAGCGCCGGUUUACUUUGAUACCGUUGUGCAGACUAUGGGGCUUUGCUCGAUGCCGGAUCCCGUUGCUACGCUGCGGCAUCUCGGCUCGGUUACCGAGCCUGUGAGGGGGCGGAUCUUGUUGCUGGAGCAUGGGCGUUCGUAUUAUGAUUGGGUUAAUCGGAUUUUGGAUAAUCUUGCGCCGUCUCAUGCGGAUCGUCAUGGCUGUUGGUGGAACCGGGAUAUUGGAGAGAUUGUUCGUGAGAGUGGGUUGGAGAUUGUGGAGGAGAAGCGUUGGCAUCUGGGGACUACGUGGCGUUAUGUGUUGAGACCGAAGCAGAGUGAGAAGUCUCAGUCUUGA